GGAAGACCGCGGCGGCGGCGGCUGGCGGACCCCGUAGGAGCGCGGCAGUCGCUGGCGAUGCAGCGGCGGUCGUGAGGCCCCCGCGGGGAGACCCAUUCGCUCGGCCCUCAGCACUUCGGCCGCUCGCUUCGCACAAAGGUGUUCGUCGCGGAGAGGAUGGAAGAGCACCAGGCCACGUUUUUAACGCAGCUGCUGCACUCGUGCGUGCUGCCCACAGCUGUGCAGGGCCUUGAGGCCAUUUGGGCCCUGCUCUUGCUCUGCCUUCUCAUCCGCGCUUACUGCCGCCUGAGUGUACCACCAUGGACCAAGCACCUGUGCUGCGUGGCUGCCGGCUUCUUCAGCCUCUACCACUUCUUCAGCCUCAACAUGGUGUGGGUGGUGCUGCUCAGCCUCAUGUGCUACGUCAUCCUCUUCCUGUGCCGCCACUCGAGCGUGUGCGGGGUCUGCCUCUCCGUCACCGUGCUCAUAUACCUGCUCAUGGGAGAGAUGCACAUGGUGGAUGCGGUGAACUGGCACAAGAUGAGAGGAGCGCAGAUGAUCGUGGCGAUGAAGGCCAUCUCGCUGGGCUUCGACAUGGACCGAGGGCUGGUCCCAGGCCUGCCUUCUCCGCUGCAGUUCAUGGGCUACAUCUACUUCGUGGGAACCAUCAUCUUCGGCCCGUGGACCAGCUACCACCAGUACCUGAACGCCAUUGACAGUGCACCGAUGGACUGGCCUUGGUGCAAGAAGUCUUUGAUCAGCCUGACCAAGUCUAUCUGCUGCCUGGUGGUGUCCACGUGCCUGGCACCGUAUCUCUUCCCGUACAUCAUCCCCAUCUACAGGUUGGGGUUCCUCAACAAGAAGGGGAAAAAGAGAAGGAAGAUAAGGGCCGGAUUGCCAAGGUGGCUCAACGCGUACCAGACGGCGCUGUCCUUCCACUUCAGCAGCUACUUUGUGGGCUUCCUGUCGGAGACGAGCUGCACUCUCGCCGGAGGGGGCUACUCCGUGGAGAAGGAUCACGUCAAGUGGGACAUGGACGUCUCCCAUCCGCUCAACAUUGAAGUGCCGAGGUCCAUGGUGGAAGUCGUCACAAGCUGGAACAUUCCCAUGUCUCGCUGGCUCAACACGUAUGUCUUUAAGAAUACUGUGCAGCUCGGCACAUUCCCUGCCAUCCUGGUGACGUACGCUGCCAGCGCCCUCCUGCACGGUCUGAGUUUUCACCUGGGCGCUGUUCUGCUGUCACUCGGACUAGUAACCUACACGGAGCACGUGCUGAGAAAGAAGCUGGCGAGCAUAUUCGGCGCGUGCAUCCUGUCCCGGCGAUGCCGGCCCGACUGCCAGCACCGGCACAAGCAGACGGUGUGGGUGCGGCUGGCAAACCUCUGCUUUGGAGCGCUGACCCUCUUCCACCUCACCUACCUGGGCUCCCUGUUCGAGACGGACUCUGAAUCUCUCGAGGAGGAGGGUUACAACAUGGCUCACACUAUCGCCACGUGGUCCAGCCUCGACUGGGCCAGCCACUGGGUCACAGCCGCAUGCCUACUCUUCUACAAGCUCAUCUGACUCCGUGGCACUCUGCUGGACCCCGGCUCCUGCUCCCCCGCGAACCUCGGACCCGCGACGAUCAUUAAUCCGAGGAGGGCCUGCGACUCCUCCGACGGUUUGCUCCGUUCGUUCAUUUGCGUUGGUUGGGGGGAAAAAAACGUCUGCUCACGUCCGCGCUGAGAAAUCUCUUUGCGUUGUGACGAUGAGAUAGUAUUUUACUACGACCGGAUGUGUUUAGAUUUUUUUUUUGUAUCGAUACGUACGUUUGGAUUGACCGCCGGCAUUAUAAAGUAUGAAAAAAAACUAGAACAAGCCGGGGAUCACCUGUCGUAGAUUGUUGAGGUUAUGUGCGUUCGGUGUAGCUUCACGUUACUUAUGUAGGAGGUUAUUUUUUAAAUAGUAUUAUUCAUUAAUGAUGUGGAAACCACACUUGGAUUUUGAUGCAUUCUGCAAGAAUUGGUGGUAAUUGACAUUUCAUUGUAGGAACUUUUUUUAUACUAAACACUAAGGCACAAUUAUGUGGCAUUGAGGUAGUUUUGAGUUUCGUUCAUAUAUAUAGUACAUCACUCUUGCUUUUGUGGCAGUUGAGCUAAUACCUAUUGAAAUAUUUAUACCAUUACUGUCAGUGGAAGGAGUUAUGCGACGGUUAUUGAGCAUGGAUCGCUACUAUGGCCAUGCACCUAACCGAAUUCAUCAGGGGAUUGAGAAUCGUGAAUUUUGGGCAAUACGUGGCAUGCACAAGGGCAAUUGUAACCAGCUCUCACUAUUGCAUCAAGACGAAUUGCCAUGAAAAAAAAAAAACAGAACUUUUCAUUUGUAGUUGAUAACAAUCGUAAGGUAACGAGAGGCUAGCGGUGGUGACGGGCGAGUGAUUGUUGCCACCUAUCACAGCCUGCCAAGCGCAGGCCUCGAGAUGUCGCUAUCGAAGCGCGGCGGACGGAUCAAACGGAACGGGAAUGCUCAACGGCGCGGUCAUGGCCAGCACAAGCCGGCUGAUGACGAGAAGUCGUGGUCACCGUGCUCGUGGUUCAAUUACUAACGGGGUAACCGUCGCAGGCAGCGUUAAACUGUGCGACCGUGGGCUCCGGGUGCCGACAGAUAGAGCGAUUUAUUAGCUUAGCACGGCAGACCGGUAAUACUGACACCAACUUUCGCACACACACACGCCACGCGCUCACGUACGCGUGCCAAGGUGAUGUGAUUCCAGGUGGGAGCUGUACGCAACUUGGUGGGGAUUUUUUUGUUUGUUUAAACACUCGUUCACAAUCCGUUAUUGAUUUGGGGAUCUGAUCGCGUGAAUAAAAUGUGUGUCGUGCACCCUUUUCCACCAAUUAAUAAAGCGUCGCGCUGGGCAGUGGUGGCUAAACACGUGGCCUGUCAUCCAGCACUGUGGAGACACAGCGAGGGUUGGCGGAUCGACGUUGUAAAACUCCCCCGUGGGCGUCGAGGUGCCACGCCCUGGCUCGCCAGGAGAUGGCAGUGCAGCAAGUUGAUUACUCUCCAUCUGUUUCCAUCUGUACGGGGACGGAGUGUUGGCCCGCAUGCGACCGUGGUGGGUUUUCUCCAGAUGCUCUGGUUUUCGCCCCCUUGUAUAAACCACUCAAUUAUUGCCUGAAAACGUCUUAAAAAUAAGAACCCCCAAUGCAGAACCCUUCCUGAAAAAGUCAUUGUGGCUUUCCUGAAUAAAUAAGCAAACGAUUAAUGUUUUUGUUACGCGAACGAACGUGCUAAUUUAUGACCGCUUCAGCACCACCGGUGUGUCGAGGAGAAAUCCGCACUGUUUUAACAAUUGCAUGAGUGCUCAAAAGUAGUAUGUUGAACCUUCUUUCACACCGUACGUGGCCAACCGGUGCUAAAUCGGAGGCGUUUAGUGGCCAUUGUCCCCUUCGAAGUGUCAAUUGUGUAAAUUUACGCACACAAGGGGACUCUCGCUUGUGCUCAUUAAAAAAAAACGUGGCCUGGCGGAACGCCUCCUGCGCGCGGAUCGGACAGCGACACCUGGGUUUGUUUGUGCGGCACCUGGGGAGUGAUGACACUUUUUCUUCACCAUUGCUUCCAGUAAAACACGAGCACAACAACCUGGAAUUGCUUGCAGCGAUUUGCCCUGCUGAAACAUGUAUCGCUCGUUAUUUACUGAGAGGACAUCGGUUCCACUGGAAUUACGAGAACAAAAACAGCCCUACAUCUUUUUUUAAAACGCCUCUAUCGUGCACGAGAUUUUCUUUGGUCAUAAAAAUAAAAGUUUGCCGCCCACCGUGUUGCCACGAGAACGACGACUAGAAUUGCCACGUGGGUAAUGAGAGAGUUCAAGUUAAUUUAUUAGGUUUAGCCCUGUGAGCGAUUCGGCUCUUGAAUCGCGCUCCCGUUGCGUUUGCUCCGCGGUAAGGGACACCGACUUACUCGGCGUUCUGCGUACAUUGUGGCCGAAUAUUCCCUGGGCCACACAACAAAGAGGAAACACAUCUGCCCGAAACCACAACCCCCCCACCACCCCGCCACGUGACUCUUCGAGAAACCCCGACGGCAUUGAACGAAGCGACCGCGUGCGCAUGUUUCACGAUGCACUCUUGUCGGGAAAUGACGACAGCCUCUGCAGUACACACUUUGAAUGAGAGAGUAGCGCAAGGGAUAUUUUUUUUGCAUGUUUAAAUGAAGAAACGGCUGCUCCGUUGUUCAGGGUCGGAUGCGAAAAAGAGUCCCGACUUGUGAGUUGCAAUCCAAAGUGUACGGGGGGGGGGGGGGAGUGAUGAUGUUGCUCUCUGGUGGAUCGUACAGGCACUGCAUGUUGGUUUUACUUCCAAAAAUCAACUCGUCAGUUAUUUACGCUUAUCAAUAAUAAUCAUUGACGGGUUCAUAUACAGCCAGCUGCAUUGAUCAGGUGCAGCUAAUUAGGAGCGUCACGCAGCAGAUGCAGUCUCCAUCACCUCUUCCAUACGACUGCGGUCACCAUGAAAUGUUUAAACCACGGACCGCACAGUCACACUCGCUGCUCACUUUCAUCGUCAUCAUCAUCAUUCGCCGGCAGCGCUUCAGGUUCAGUAUUCACCACGAGGCUCAUCAUCCCUGAAGGGGUCCAGGGGCCUCGCUCGCCAACCUCGAUGUGAACGUCGAGACAUGGCUGUGACCCGUACGAACGAAGCAGCCCGCUGGAAGGCGACCCAAUGUGACAUCUACACGUGGGCAAGAGAAUUAGCUCGUGGGUGAUAUUCGUGAUAAAAUAAAAUGGGGGUUAACAAAACCCCCACAAUAAACAGAGGAAUGGAUGCAACACGUUCUGCCAUCUUGUCGGCCAUCCUGUGUUAAAUGUAUUUUGUAACAAAAAAAACUCAAAACUGCCUUUGCAAAACAGUGCUCCACAGUCACAUAUCAACAAUCUCGGGUUUUUUGUGUGAUUUGUAACCAGCUGAAUGCGUGUUGAAUGUCGACCAACUCUUCAUUUUGUGAGCGUCGUUUAUACCACUGCAACCAUCGGCAGCAAUGAUCUAGUUUUGCUUUGCAUGAUAUUCAUAUCUAAAGACUGAUUUUCUUUAAAAGACAAUGCAAAUCAAUGCUUACCAUGAACUUAUUACGAUCAAUCUGUAUUCAUGGCCAGUGCUUGAUGGCACCUCUAGCCAUCGCUUCCCUCCGCUAGAUCCCACGUCAAGUCGGCUACGGCCUUCAAGGACCACUGAGAAGGAUCUUCCCACCAUCUGGCUUUAGGCGUUCCAUUUGGUCACGGACCUUCUAGACGAAACUCCUAAAAGCUCCUGCCGGCAACCGGCCCUCUUCCACGUUGCACACGCGCCCCACCUAUAGCAGCCUCCCCCUUUCUCCUGCGGAUAAACAUCCUCAACGCUUCCUUCGCUACAUCCCAUUAACAACUGACACAUUGUUUACCCCCCUCAUCGUUCCACGAAAUUCGCUGCGGCUUGUAACAAGUUUCAGUCUGGAAUGAUCAUUACACUCCAGAGGCAAGGGGCUUCUCGCUGGGAUGGCUUUGCGUGCGUGCCUUUCAUUACGCGUUUUAAUCAUUUGUGCAACGAACGUUUCCUUGCCACCGCUUGCACAGGACGUAUUCAUCAAAAGCCCCAGGGCCAUCGUAUCCCAGGCGGGUAUAAAUAUAUUAUUUGGCGCAGUAGACAAAGUAUCUCUUUUCUCACCGGUCACGUCAGCCCAGCCGAAGCCUUGACCACCCGCACUGCGACCACUCACAUCGGCAGUGUUCGUGUUGGCCGCUGCACACCUCCGUAUGCGGCCGGGCGAGAUCGUAAGUCUCGCCGCGUCGCGAUUUGUUCUCCACGAGCGGUGGUGCAUCAACACAAGCAAAGCGCCAAUUCGUCUCACACCACCACCACCCACCACCCCCUACUCGCGUGCGCGCUCUGGCGAGCUUCGUGAAUAAUACCGCAUCCUCGAACCUCGCGAAGGGCAUUCCUGCAGCGAAAAUAAGAAAACAAAAUGCAGUCGCUUAGGAAGGAGCGUCUUUGAGAUUUACACGUGCAGGAGAGAUGUCUCAGGCUUUCAGUGGGUGGGAUAAACUACCUCUCUUUCGAUUUAAAGCUUUCGUGACUGCAGGGAUUCAUCUUCUUGGUUCUUUCGGUAAAGUCACGUAG